AUGCAGAAUAACGCUUCGUCGGCCUACGACCUCCAGCAUCGGAUGCGUUCUGUGGCUAGUUCGACAUGCUACCUGGUACUUAUGCUCUCGGCCACUCCUCUGACCUCCAUUUGUACCGGCGUCACUUUUGCAAAGUGGAUAUUCUUCGAGGCAGUUCUGUAUGCUCUACUACCUGGCAGGAUAUGUGCUGGCCAACCUACACCAUCAGGGCACACAUUACCCUACACAAUGAAUGGUCUCUCGUUUUUUACAUCCUCUUUCGUUACGUUCUUAGCCGCAGUAGCACUCAGGCAGGUUGAGCUUUCCUUCAUAGCCAGGAACUGGAAAGAAAUAAUCUUGGCAUUGAACGUGUUCGCAUGGCUGCUUACAGGAGCAGCGUUCCUCAAGGGGCGUAUUGCCCCUUCAUAUCGAUUUGACACAAGAAGUAAUGCCCUCCAAUAUGAAACCCACACAUACAUCACAAACACCAUGAUAUGUGUAAUAUUUCUCCGCGGUCUACUAAUCGUACACUUCUUCGCAAACGAAGAAUGGUACCUCCACAGCAUGGACGUCUGCGACGAGCCCUUUGGAUUUUACUUCACCUGGGGCUCCAGCGUAUUCUUCCCAACAAUAUACACCCUCCAGACGCAGUACCUCGCCCUUAACCCUGUUGAACUGCCAACCCAUCUCACCAUCUUAAUAUUCCUCUUCGGAGUCGUCGGAUUUAUCAUCUACUACACUGCCAUGGAACAAAAGAACAUCGUCCAAGACACAAAUGGCAAACAUAGUGUGGCAGGGAGGAAGGCCAAGUUUAUCCGUGCUUCAUAUGUUACCACUGAUGGGGUGGAGAGGGAGUCGCUUUUGUUUUGCAGUGGAAUGUGGGGUCAUAUUCGGCAUCCUGAUUAUCUGGGGAUUUUGAUAGUGACGUACGCGAUGUGUGGACUGUGUGGGACUGGCGCUUUGCUGCCGUGGAGUGAGGGGGCCUUUGCGACUGCGUUCCUGGCGUAUAGGUGUGUUAGGGAUGAGAAGAAGUGUACUGGGAAGUAUGGGGAGGCUUGGGAGACUUAUUGUCAGAGGGUGAGGUGGAGGUUGGUGCCUGGGUUGUAUUGA